CCGCCGUGCGGCUGCAGCACCGGGAGUGGCGGCGUCGAGGGCGCUCGGGGCGCUCAGCAUGGGCGCCCGCCGCCUCCUCGGGCUCCUGUUCGCCGCCUGCGUCGGCUUCCUGCGCCCCGGCCCCGGCUGCCUCGCACGACCAUGCUACGAUGAGCUCGUCGCUCCCCUUUACUCCUACUCCAUCGGUGCCUCCUCCAGAUACAACAUCUUCUACUCGCCCAGCUUCGCCCGGCUGCACAGCACCAGCGGCUGGUCCCCUGAUCCCCGGGACAAGCAGCCCUGGCUCCAGAUCGACCUGAUGCAAAGGCACCGGAUCAACGCGGUGGCCACGCAGGGAACCUUCAACACCUAUGACUGGCUGACACGCUACAUCGUGCUCUACGGAGACCACCCCACCAGCUGGAAACCCUUCUUCCAGCAGGGCAGCAACUGGACGUUCUUUGGGAAUGUGAACGAGAGUGGGGUGGUGCGGCACGACCUGCACUACCCCAUCCUUGCACGCUACAUCCGCAUCAUCCCAGUGGCGUGGAAUCCACGUGGGAAGAUCGGGCUGCGCCUGGGCCUCUAUGGCUGCCCCUACCGGUCCCACGUGCUCUACUUUGACGGGGAUGACGCCAUAUCCUACCGUUUCCGGGUUAAGAGGGUCAGCACCUUUGAGGAUGACAUCUCCUUCAACUUCAAGACGCUGGAGCAGGACGGGGUGCUGAUGCAUGGGGAGGGCUCACAGGGUGACUACAUCACGGUGGAGCUCAAACAGGCCCAGCUCCUCCUGCACAUCAGCUUAGGCAGCAGCCCACUGCACGCCAGUGAGGGCCACACAACGGUGGCGGUGGGCAGCCUCCUGGAUGACCAGCACUGGCACUCACUGCACAUUAAGCGUCUCGGCCACUAUGUCAACCUGACGUUGGAUGGGGAGGUCAAGCGCUUCCGCUGCCGUGGCACCUUCGACCAGCUCGAUCUCGAAACUGAGGUCUUCUUUGGGGGGAUUGACCACGACAAGCAGCACCUCACUUACCGGCAAAACUUCCGGGGCUGUGUGGAGAACAUCAUCUUCAACGGGGUCAACAUCGCUGACCUGGCCCGGCACCGGAGACCCAACAUCCGCUUCGAGGGCAGCGUGGGCCACUACUGCCAGGACCAGGUGUACACCCCCAUCACCUUUGCCGGCAUCAACAACUACGUGCAGGUGCCGGGGAUCCCACGGAGGAACCGCCUGGCCGUCAGCUUCCGCUUCCGCUCCUGGGACACCACUGGGCUCCUGCUCUACACCAACUUCUCUGAUAACCUGGGCUCCCUCGAGAUGGUGCUGAGCGAGGGGCAGGUCAAUGUCUCCAUUGCCCAGCCUGGCAAGAAGAAGCUGGAGUUUGCCGCAGGGUAUCGCCUGAAUGAUGGCUUCUGGCACUCAGUGCACCUGGUGGCACGGGAGGGCUCGGCUGUUGUGACCAUCGAUGAUGAGGAUGGCGCCGAGUUUCGGGUGGCACACCCAUUCCAGCUCCGUACUGGCAGCCAAUACUUCUUUGGAGGCUGCCCCAAGCCGGCCGCACUCACCGGCUGCAGGUCGAACCAGACAGCCUUCCAUGGCUGCCUGCAGAUGCUGAACGUGGACAUGCAGCCUGUGGAUGUGGAGCUGCUGGUGCAGCGCCGGGUGCUGCAGUACCACAAUGUGUUCUUCAACGUCUGCGGCAUCACGGACAGGUGCACCCCCAACCUGUGUGAGCAUGACAGCCGCUGCAUCCAGUCCUGGGAUGACUUCAUGUGCAUCUGCGACCUGACGGGGUACAAAGGGGAGACCUGUCACAAAUCCCUUUACAAAGAAUCAUGUGAUGCUUACCGGGUCAGCGGGAAAACCUCGGGCAACUACACCAUCGACCCGGACGGCAGCGGGCCACUCAAACCCUUCAUGGUGUACUGUGACAUCCGAGAGGGCCGAGCGUGGACCAUCAUCCGUCACAACCGCCACUACGCCACGCGGGUGACGGGCUCCAGUGUGGACCAGCUCUACCUGGGGGCUGUGGAGUACUGGAACGCCUCCUGGGCUGAGGUCUCAGCACUGGCCAAUGCCUCUGAGUACUGCGAGCAGCUCAUCGAGUUCAACUGCUACAACUCCCGCCUGCUCAACACUCCCUCUGGGCUGCCCUUCAGCUUCUGGAUGGGCCGGAAUGAUGAGCGGCACUACUACUGGGGUGGCUCACGGCCGGGCAUCCAGCGCUGUGCCUGCGGGCUGGACAAGAACUGUGCCGACCCCCAGUACUUCUGCAACUGCGACGCCGACCACGCGCUCUGGAGGACAGACAAAGGUCUGCUGACCUUUGUGGACCACUUGCCUGUCACCCAGGUUGUGGUUGGAGACACCAACCGCACUGGCUCUGAAGCCCAGUUCCUGCUGGGGCCUCUGCGAUGCUACGGAGACCGCAACACCUGGAACACCGUCUCCUUCAACAGGGGUACAGCCCUGAUCUUCCCCACCUUCCAGGCCAACCACAGCCUUGACAUCUCCUUCUACUUCAAGACUACUGCCCUAUCUGGAGUCUUCCUGGAGAACCCUGGCACCAGGAACUACAUCCGCAUUGAGCUCAACACCACCAGGGACGUGGUGUUCAUCUACGACAUCGGGAACGGGGACGAGAACCUGACGGCGCGGUCCGUGGUGCCCUGGAACGACGACGAGUGGCACCAGGUGAAGGCCGAGCUCAACGUCAAGCUGGCGCGGCUGCGGGUGGACAAGCUGCCCUGGGUGGUGCGGCCGGCCCCACCGCAGAGCUUUGUCCGCCUGGAGUUCGACAGGCCCCUCUAUGUCGGCGCGGCGGAGCACAAGAUGCGCCCGUUCCUGGGGUGUCUGCGGGGGCUGCGGAUGAACGGCGUGACGCUCAACCUGGAGGGCAAGGCCAACGAGACGGAGGGCGUGCGGGUCAACUGCACCGGCUACUGCCAGGACCCGCCGGUGCCCUGCCAGAACAGCGGGCUCUGCGUUGAGCGCUACAGCCACUACAGCUGCAACUGCAGCGUCUCCGCCUUCACCGGGCCCUUCUGCAACCACGACAUCGGCGGAUACUUCGAGGAGGGCACCUGGGUGCGGUACAACAUCCUGCCCGUGUCUCUGUACGCCGCCCGCGAGUUCGCCAGCAUCAUCAGCAGCCCCUGGCAGCCCCUGCCCGGCUACAACCUCACCAGCGAGGAGGUCAGCUUCAGCUUCAGCACCACCUCCGCGCCCGCCGUGCUGCUCUACAUCAGCACCUUCGUAAAGGACUACAUGGCCGUGCUCAUCAAGGACGAUGGGAGCCUGCAGCUACGCUACCAGCUGGGCACCAGCCCCUAUGUUUUCGCCCUCACCAACAAGCCAGUGACAGACGGGAGGCCCCACCGUGUCAACAUCACCCGUUUGCACCGCACAUUGUAUACCCAGGUGGACUAUCUCCCCGUCAUGGAGCAACAGUUCUCCGUGUUUGUGGACAGCAAGCUGGACUCGCCCAAAAACCUCUACCUGGGGCGUGUGAUGGAAACCGGUGUGAUUGACCCUGAGAUCCAGCGCUACAACACACCCGGCUUCUCAGGUUGCCUCUCAGGGGUGAAGUUCAACACCCUCGUGCCCCUCAAAGCCAUCUUCCACCCCACCAGUCCCCUACGGCCCUACAGCAUCCGGGGGGAGCUGGUGGAGUCAAGCUGUGCCUCAAUGCUCCCCCUUACCACCAUCCUCAUCCCUCCUGAGAUGGACCCCUGGUACAUGGGCAUAGAGUUCCCCCACGUGCACGACGACGGCUGGAUUGGGAUCAUCAUUGGGUUUGUGAUCUUCCUGCUUCUGCUGCUGGGGGGGCUGCUGGCGCUGCUGUACUUCUACCACCACCGCUACAAGGGCUCCUACCACACCAACGAACCCAAGGCCAUCCAGGACUACGGCAGCGCUACCAAACCCGCGCCGGCACCGGCACGCAAGGACCAGAACUUGCCCCAGAUCCUGGAGGAGGCGAGAGGGGAAUAGCAGGGGCUGGGGGUGGGACAGGCUCACAGCCCCCACAUCCCCCAAGACCUGCCCGGGGAUGAGCGAAGCGUCGCGGGACCAAAGGGCCGAGCACAACCGAACUGCCAACGUCCUCCUCGGGACGGACCGGACCGCACCAACCACCAUCUCCUCCCCGCGGCCACCGCCGACCGGCCCCGGAGCACGGCUGUGACCUGCCGAGCCCCAGCCCCACUCGCCCCGGGCACGGGCGGCAGCCCCCUCGCUGGAGGCGGGCUGCUGCCCCCACAGCUGCCAAAUCCCGCCUGGCCUCCCGUGGGGAGCCCCGGGCCCGGCCCCCACCCUCCUUCUGUCCGGGGGCGCCCGGCUGCUGCCCCCCCGUUAGCGCUGCCCGCGUAGAUGACCCGCUGCUUUGCUCGCUUCGCCAGCGCCACGCAGAGCCACGAGCACCGGCCCCGGCACGGCCGGGGCGCCGAGCAAUACCUUGCGCCGGCGCCGCGCAUGCCGCCGCUGCACCUUGCUGAGAUGCUGCUUUCGUUAAGAUCAGGUACAGAUCCUUUCUACCAUUUUUUUUUGUUGCUGGAUAUUCUACUACACUCUGGUUUUUUUAUUCUGUCGGUUUGUAUAAAAAACCCAAACGGAAGCUCCCGCGGGCCCCACGGUUCCGCGUGUCAUGGUGCGUGGUCUGUAGUUUGCCACUUCUCUGUAUGAAGUACCAGUCCUUGCUGAUUACCUCCAGCCCAGGGAAAGCUCCUGUUCACUCGCUGUGUUGUGGUAAGACGAUGUUACAGAAACGCAUUUAUCUACCCGAAGGCCUGGCUCCACUGGGCACUUUAUUUUUAAAAACCCUGUUCUGUUGAAUGAGAUGUGAGGAUAAUCGAAUAAAGGCAGAAUGAUGGCGUUUGACACUC